CAGAUAUUGUAUACUCGAGUUAUUACAUUAGGCUCUUAGCACACCCAACCGCGUCUCUACACGCGCGCUAACGAUUUGACAAAUCACUGGUUCACCACCCCCACUUCUCCACGGUAAGGGAAAUCGGGAAAUUUUUGGACCAAACCGACCUCUAACAACGAGACCCUUUCAUCACCAAACCCAUCUUCCAAGCUCGCGAGCAGUUGCCAUGGCUCUAUACCGGGUCGCUUGUCGACGACUUCAGCGUCCUUGGCAGCCGGUCCUUUCUAGUUCUUUCUCCUCCCCCAGACCUCAAUUUCACGCGUCGAUGCCUUCAUUAGGGUGGCUCAGUCCUCUUGCCACCAAAAUGGGGCUGUCAUCUCAGCGUCCGAGGUCAACGCCUCGAGCUUUCCCUGUGACAGGAUUCGAUGUCAUCGGUCAAGAUCAGCUUGUCGAGGAGGAAGCAAUGCCGGAAUACCGCGCGGAUCAUUUCUAUCCUGUUCGCCUAGGCGAAGUCUUCAAGGAUCGUUUCCAAACGGUGGCCAAACUUGGCUACGGCUCAUCCUCCACCAUAUGGCUCGCGCGCGACCUUCAACAUCAUCGAUAUGUAGCGCUAAAAAUCUACAUCCACAACUCGGUCCAACACCGUGAACUGCCAUUCUACCAGCACCUGGAGAAGGUCCUCCCUACCCGGCACCCCGGCGCCAAAAACGUCAGAAAGCUACUCGAUUCGUUUGAAAUAGCUGGACCUUAUGGCAAGCAUGUUGCGCUCGCUCUUCAGGUUUCUCAAAUGAGCAUCCGCGACAUGGAUGCGGUAUUCAUGAAAGGCCGCGGGUUCGACGAAGGUUUUGUGAAGGGAGCUGUGAAGGAGCUUCUCGAAGCGCUUGACUUCCUCCAUACUGAGGUACAAUCAGUACACACCGACGUUCAUCCGGGCAAUCUGCUGCUCGGUACAUACGAUGACUCGAUGUUUCAAAAGUUGGAAGAUAAUGAAUUCGCAAGUCCCGUUCCUCGCAAGCAAUGCGAUGGGCGGACGAUCUACCUUUCCCGCCUGAUGAAGCCCAAGGCUGGGCCAUUACUGCUUUCUGAUUUUGGGGAAGCUAGGCUCGGCCCCGGUCCCCAUGCCGGCGACAUCAUGCCAAUUAUGUAUCGAGCCCCGGAGACACUCUUGCGUAUUCAAUGGAGUUACCCGGUCGACAUCUGGAGCGUCGGACUUACCGCAUGGGAUCUUCUCCAAGGAAGAACGCUAUUCAGCGCCCGCAAAGAAGACGGCAGCUUCUCCGACGGAGUUCACUUCGCUGAACUCAUUGCAGCACUGGGUCCACCGCCUCCAGGGCUUCUCGAUCGGCAUCGCAGCAGAGCGCUCGAGUACUGGGACGAACAAGUUUUGAACACUCCCGACGGACCUUCUAACCAUUCAACCUGCUCAGGAAACUGGAGUGAGUUUGUGCCUAUACCCAGGGAGAAGACUCUCGCGGCAGCCGAAACCAAGCUUGAGGAUAAUACGAAGUUCCUCCGAUUCAUGCGAAGAGCCCUUACCUGGGAUCCCGCUGCACGCCCUACAGCGAAGGAACUUCUGCAAGACCCGUGGCUAAAUAACUAG